AUGUCCUCGGAUACAGCCCCCGAAGAAGGGCUCACCCCCGACCAACUGGCCGCCUUCCAGCGCGACGGCUACCUGAUCAUCCCCGACGCGCUCUCCCCCUCAACCGUCUCCUCCCUCCUCGCCGAAACACAGCGGCUGCUUGACACGCUGGACCUGUCCACGCACCCGCUCACGCGCUUCCGCACGGGCGGCGAAACAGGCGACGACCACGUCGGCGACGACUACUUCCUCAGCUCGGGCGACAAGAUCCGCUUCUUUCUAGAAGACGACGCCUUUGACUCGUCGGGCAACCUCAUCAAGCCCAAACACCGCGCCGUCAACAAGAUUGGCCACUACCUGCACGUGCUGUCGCCGCCCUUUGCCUCCCUCUUAUCGGGUUCUGAUAAUGAAGGCAUGAAGGCCAGCCCCGCGGCCGUCGCCCGGUCUUUGGGGUUCACCGACCCGCGCGUGCUACAGAGCAUGGUUAUCUGCAAGCAGCCCGAGAUCGGCGGCGCGGUGCCUCCGCAUAUGGACUCGACCUUCUUGUACACGGACCCGCCCAGCGCCGUCGGGUUCUGGUAUGCGCUCGAGGAUGCCACGCUCGAGAACGGGUGUUUAAGUUUCCUGCCGGGCUCGCACCGCUGGGCGCCCGUCGAGAAGCGGUUGGUGAGGAAGGAUGCCGAAAUCAAGGAUGGGAAGGGGACCGAGAUGGUGGCGAAUCAAGGGAGUAAGUUUCCUAAGGGGGAGGGUUAUGGUGAGGAGCUCCAAAAUGAGAAUGGGCAAGCCGAGUAUGUGUCUGGGGAGGUCAAGGCUGGGUCGUUGGUGCUGAUCCAUGGGAAUCUGCUGCACAAGAGCGAGAAGAAUACGAGUCAGAAGGGGAGGAUCAUCUACACGUUCCAUAUCAUUGAGGGCGCCGAGGGGUUUGAGUAUGAUAAGCGGAACUGGUUGCAGCCGCCAGCAGAGGGGUUCACAGCACUAUAUGGUUAG